AUGGCGAGAUCAUCGCAGUCAACUGUAAAACAUAGCGCAAAGCGAAGAUAUAUCUUCGAUCUGCCUGCAGGGUUUGCCGUUCGCCCCCAGUCCCCUACGAUAUGCCGUCUAUCUCGACCCCAAGCCCGAUCUCACGUGCGGCACGGUCGCAAAAGCAAGUUCGACUUCUUUGGGUUGCCCGCCGAGCUCAGGAAAUUGAUCUACAGCUAUGCGGUUAGCUCUCCCCAUAACCCUGACGCUGGGCGUGUGUACCUGAUUCGUCAGAAACAGGGAGAGUACCGUGAUUUUACUGGGCUUCCCCUUGUCUGCAACGCUAUGUACAAAGAGUACACCUCAACCCUCGUCCAAAACACUACCGUCACUGUCCGCGCGGAAGACGUUAAUGAAUACAUUGGGAACUUCUACGCAGACCGCGAUGGUGCUCUCAAGCACGGAGACAUGCAAGUCUCGUAUAUUGCUUAUGGAAGACCAGUUGCAUGGGACGUCAUUGAUGUUGCCAGUCGCUUUUCCUUCAAGCUUGAUGUCUCACAGCUGCUAAAGCUUCAAUGCCGUCUACCGCGGAUGCGCGUGUCAUUUCUGUGCUACUCCCAAACUUUCAUCAACAAGGAGCCAAUGUACUGGACCCAAAUGACCGAGGACUUCAACGAGUUAUUCUCCGCAGCGCCGAUCUAUGGCCCGACAUUGCCCGGCGCAGGUCCAAUCCCUUCCAUUCUACCCGGAAUGGUGGAGUAUUUCGAGGACAAGACCGACUACGAACUCUCAGUGAACGCGUGCUGGCCACAGCCAGGACACACGUCUGCGACUUCCCAUCAUCGCCCCGCCGUAGUCUUCGACAUAAAAUUCGACGCUUCCAAGAAUCCAGAUAUGCCGUUCUCCGAGCAUUGGCGCAAUCGAAGCGAGCUCAAGCGUCUCGCAGAUACGCCAUGGAACGUCGACGAGAUGCUCGAGCUGGAGGAGGAUCUUAUCACGCCACGUUUCGACAUAGAUCAGAUGUGGACCCUUCUCCACCAGACUGGACUUUACAACAUGGGCGUCAGUGAUUGGUUUCUCAAUUUCAAUCGCGAGUACUUCACUCUGCACCCUGAUGAUUUCUGCCCCCCGCUGAUCUCCGGUGACCAGCCGCGCAUUCAGGACGCGGGGAAGGUUGACAAGGAUGAGGAGAUGACCGAGGGCAACGAUGUGUCUGCCACCGUAUAUCGGCCUUUACCCCUGCCAUUCGUUCCAUUCGUCGACAAGGCGCCUGGUACUGAAAAUAGUUUCCUCGAGUACCAAUCGAUCACAACCCUGGACGAGGACCACGGCUUCGGACGUUGCUCCGACACAUCGUUCGAGGAGCUGCGAUUGCUGACGUACAAACACCAAGCAGGACAGUCCCAGGAGCCUCUGUACCCAGAUAGACCCGAGGACGAGGAUACCCCUAGCGUCUUCCAGGAGCUGUUGCGGGAGGCUGGUAUUGACGCCUAA